GGGCUGAGCCCACACCCGGCUGGGCUCUGGCGGCUGGAGGAUGAGUAGCUGAUGCCUGGAGCUCCGGCCGGGUAGGAGGAUGCUCCUGAGCCGGCUCUAUCUGGGACGGUCGCGGCUGCUGCCGACGAUCCGAGCCCGCGAUCAUUCGUGUCCGAGGCCACUGCCACCUGCACCCCAGGUUUUAUAUAUGAAACUGUAUGGAAAUCCAAAAUAUUACCAAGCCCUCUAUUAUGGAACAGUGUUGCCACCUGAUGAAAUAACAGUCAGUUAUAGACAUGGCCUUCCCUUGGUGACAGUGACUUUGCCAUCCAGAAAAGAGCGCUGUCAGUUUGUCGUCAAGCCAAUGGUGUCAACAGUUGGCUCCUUCCUUCGGGACUUACAAAAUGAAGACAAAGGCAUCAAAACUGCGGCCAUCACCACACCAGAAGGCAGUGAGAUUCCAGCCUCAACGUUGAUGGACACUUUGCUAAUGAGAGAUUAACUCGUCGUUAACGAACUAACAUAUGACGUUCGGUGUCACAAGAAAGAAAAACCAAGUGCCGAGCACACGACUGAGAUGGAAAACAUGAAAUCUCUGGUUCACAGACUAUUUACAGUCCUGCACUUAGAGGAAUUUCAGAAGAAAAGAGAGCGUCACCUGCUGGCAAAGAUUGACCACCUGAAGGAACAGCUGCAGCCCCUGGAGCAGGUCAAAGCUGGAAUAGAAGCUAGGUCAGAAGCCAAAACCAGCGGACUCCUGUGGGCUGGCUUAGCCCUGCUUUCCGUUCAGGGAGGGGCACUGGCCUGGCUUACAUGGUGGGUGUACUCCUGGGAUAUCAUGGAACCAGUCACCUUCUUCCUUACAUUUGCAAAUUCCAUGGUCUUUUUUGCGUACUUCAUCAUAACCCGACAGAACUAUACCUACUCAUCCCUUCAGAGCAGGCAGUUUCUUCAGUUCUUCCACAAGAAAUCGCAGCAACAGUGUUUUGAUGUGGAGCAAUACAACAAGCUAAAGGAAGACCUCGCUGAGGCCACAGAAUCCCUAGAGACGGUGCGCCACGCCCUCUAUUUACGACUGCCAGGAGAGGAGCUCAAUGAGAAGAAUUAGUCCCAUGUUUUUAAACAUCCCGGGGCCACAAGCCGCUUUUGAAACUUACCAAUUGGACAUUUUCAAGGUCGUGUACAUUUCCAUUUGACAGCUUCAGAUGUUGUUUGGCUAAUAAACUUGUGUGGAGCAGA